GGGCAAUGGAGUUGUGUGUUUAUGCGCAGGUCAACGGUGUGCCACUGCCCAACUCCUAGCUCCCAUUCUUCAUCUCUCUAUUAUUUCCAUUAUCCGUUCUCCAGGCCGGCCGAUUGAAGAUUUCCUUUUCUACUGUAUAUCUAUCUACGUACCUUCACUCACUGUAACACAAGCAUGAUCAUCUAAAUACUACAGACUAAAUAUAUAUCAUAUCCCUUCAUUUCUCCUCCGAUCCUCGAUCAGUUUCAAUUCCAUCAAGCUCAGAGAACAGAAAACCUUGAAAUGCAGAGCACUUUAAUUAAAGAGAUCAAAUCCAAUGUUGGUGGAGGCAAGGUCACAGCUGGUGACACUGUUGAGGAGAUGCAGUACCUGCAUGUGUAUGUUGUCAAAGCUAGAGAUUUACCUGCUAAGGAUAUUACCGGAGAUAUUGAUCCUUAUGUUGAAAUUAGGCUGGCUAGCUGUAAUGCUAUAACCCAACACAUAGAAAAGAAUAGCAAUCCUGUGUGGAAUCAGGUAUUUUUGUUCUCCAAGGACGAUCACAUUCAGAGUUCUGUGCUAGAAGUGACCGUGAAAGAUAAGGAUUUUGUUGAGGAUGAUUUUGUUGGCUGGGUUUCAUUUGAUUUGAGUGAGAUCCCAUCUAGUAUCCCCCGGGAUGUUUCACUUGCACCGCAAUGGUAUAGAUUGAAGGGCAGGAGGGGGGAUAGGGCUGAAGGGGAGUUGAUGUUGGCUGUUUGGAUGGGUAGUGCUCAAUUCAGUGACACAUUCCCUGAGGCAUCAAGUUCGCAACCUCGAGCUGUUAAUGUUGCUGAUGACUUUGUAAAUACAAGGCCCAAGGUGUACUUCUCGCCCAGGCUUUGGUACUUGAGAGUGAAUGUGAUUGAGGCUCAUGACUUGUUGCCAAAUGAUCAGAGCAGGCCCCUAGAAGUUUAUGUUAAGGCAAUUGUGGGAUAUCAGGUUGUGAGGACCAGAGUUUCUGCAAAUAAAUCCACCAAUCCAAUGUGGAAUGAGGAUCUAAUGUUUGUAGUUCCAGAGCCAUUUGAGGAGAUUCUCAUUUUGAGUGUGGAAGACAAGGAUGAGGUUCUGGGAAGGUGUGCUAUUCCUUUACAGUACGUCGACAGAAGGAUGGAUCAUAGGCCAGUGAAAUCCAAGUGGCAUAAUCUUGAGAAAGUUGCGGUAGAGAGGGAAAAGAAGGAAAUAAAAAUUUCCAGCAGGAUUCGCGUGAGAAUAUGCCUGGAAGGAGGUUAUCAUGUUCUUGAUGAACCAACACAUUAUAGCAGUGAUCUUAGACCAUCAGCUAAGCAGCUACAGAAAUCUAAUAUUGGCAUUCUGGAAUUGGGUAUUCUUAGUGCCCGCGACCUUUUACCUAUGAAGAAACGUAGGCCAUCAACUACAGAUGCUUAUUGUGUUGCUAAAUAUGGCGAGAAGUGGGUAAGAACCAAGACAGUAACAGAUAGCCUUGCUCCCGAGUGGAAUGAACAAUAUAGUUGGGAGGUGUUUGAUCCUAACACAGUUAUCACUAUUGGUGUGUUUGAUAACUGUAAUCUGCAGAGUCCACAGGUUGGAUAUAGAUCUUCUGCUUUGGCAAAAGACUCAAAAAUUGGAAAGAUCAGGAUUCGCCUUUCCACUCUCGACACAGAUCGUGUUUAUGCAUGUUUUUACCCACUUCUGGUUUUGCUUCCCAGUGGAGUGAAGAAGAUGGGUGAAAUUCAGUUGACUGUUAGGUUUACUUGCUCUUCCUUGCUUAAUAUAAUGCGUAUGUACUCACAGCCCUUGUUACCCAAAAUGCACCAUCUUCAACCCUUAACUGUUAGCCAGACCGACAUCUUGAGGCACCAGGCCACUCAGAUUGUAUCAAUGAGCUUGAGUCGAGCUGAGCCACCCGUGAGGAAAGAGGUAGUGGAGUAUAUGCUGGAUGUUGGUUCCAGUAUGUGGAGUAUGAGGAAAAGCAAGGCCAACUUUUUUAGGAUUAUGAGUGUUUUGAGUGAGCUGAUUUGGAUAUUGAGAUGGUUUGAUGGAAUAUGCAACUGGAAAAACCCGAUUACAACUGUUGUGAUACAUAUCCUGUUCUUGAUUCUGGUAGUAUAUCCGCGAAAUACCCUGGCUGUUAUUUCCCUGUACAUCCCCUUGUGUGUUGCCUACAACUACAGAUGGAGGCCAUGGCACCCUCCUGUUAACACUCUCAUAUCUCUCGAUAAUGUUCACCCUGAUGAGCUGGAUGAGGAAUUUGAUACGUUUCCAACUUCGCGGCCUGCUGAUAUAGUGAGGAUGAGAUAUGACCGUCUGAGAAGCAUAGCGGGAAGGCUUCAAACGGUAGCUGGCGAUCUAGCAACUCAAGGAGAAAGGCUGGUAGGUUUAAUGAGGUGGAGAGACCCCAGAGCUACGGUGCUGUUUUUGAUUUUGUAUUCUGUUGCUGGGAUUGUGGUGUAUUUCACACCCUUUCAAGUGGUGGCCACCCUUAGUGGAUUGUUUGUGUUGAGACAUCCGGUUUUUCGCCGCAAGCUUCCCUCUGCACCUGCUAAUUUCAUCAGAAGAUUGCCAUCCAGGACAGACGAAAUGCUGUAGUACGUGAGGAAUGCAUGCAUGGAUAUAAUAUGUAGAGACAUACGAGGCUUUUGUUUAUAGUAUCUGGUGUCUAAGGUUGCCUUAUUAUAUGCUUGUUGCUUUUGUAGGGGCCGGGGGAUUGUUCAGUCUAAGGUUGUCAACUUGUCACACACGGGUGUUUAAUUUCAAGCGUCAAUUUUACACU